AUGCGAUCGCAAGGCGCUGGAGGACAACCCGUCAACAAGACUGGAUCGGCGGUUAGAUUGACACACAUCCCUACCGGAACAGCUGUCUCGAUGCAAGACUCGCGCUCCCAGCACCAAAAUCGCGAACGGGCCUGCAUGAUCUUACGGGCCCGAUUACUCGCCCUGAAACUGCGACAAAAAGUGAUCGAGACUCGCGAAUCGCGUCUUUCUCAAGUCAAGAACACCAACCGAUUGUAA